UCGGACCAAGCUCAGUCGUCGUUUUAAUUCCUUCCUUCUUCCUAUUGAGCUGACUUUUUUUUCUGUCAUCUCUUCUUCUCAAACCCUUUGCGUCGCUUGCAACGUUUUGGCAACAUCGCAAAACAACAAGUCAAAACACCUGACCUUGAAAACAUGCUUCGCACGCCUCGCUCGAAAGGGUCGCCACCGCGAACAGCUCCAGCGCGAAAUCGCCCUUCGGGCUUUGUGCUUGUGCUUCCUAUGGCGUUCUUCGCGGCAAUCCUCUUCCUCCUCGCCAAUGCUCGCGGGGCCUUCGCUGCGAACGGGACCCCGGUCGGCAUCCACUUUGAUAUUGAACCGCAGUCGCUGCCCAACUGGAAUGAUCCAACAUACCAAGCAUCGUGCGUCCAGCAGCAGCUGCAACUGGCCGACAAGAUGAAGGCUGCAUGGGCGUACGAAGGUGCACCGAUUCCGAUGACUUAUGAUAUUCCCGUUUGGUACGACGCCUUGACCACGACCUACAACGGCGAGACCAAGUCAGCGUUCAAGUUGCUCUCUGACCGCAUGCCGCGCGUCAACAUGAUGGACUUUCGUGACACAUAUGACACCAUCUUGCAAAACUGCGUCCCACAGUGCACCUACCUGGGCUCCCUGGGAAAGGAGUGCGCCGUUUCUGUCGAAUCCAAAGACAUUGGCUUGGACUCGGCUACCUUUUACGAGGAAGGACCGGCCGUGAUGCACAACAUUCUCGGUCAAGUCGAGGCGACCUUGAAAACUCAGUUUCCAACUGCAUUCAAAGGCAUGGGUGUGCACGAGUACGCCGCCUUGCUGAACAUCCCACCGUCGAGCACGCCGUACAACAGUGGACGACAGGAUGCGUACUUGUAUCUGUGGCAGUUUGAUCUUGGCCACAGCGAGACGGAUCGACAGCAGCUGUGGACCUUCCUUGACCAGUGGUCACCCUACUGGAACUUUCACACCAUGCUGUUUGAGGCGGAGGAUUUGCUGUUGUACGACCCCGCCGCCCUCCAGGCGUUCAUCAAGAUGCUCGACGCUCGCGGCAUCAAGACUGAGCUCACCUUUGGUUUUGCCUCCUGGGUAUUGCAACCAUUCCAUUCAUAUGUGGUCAACUUGGUGGCAGCCAGUGCCUGGUACUAUCGCAUCGUCAGCACAGGUGGCACAAUCCAGCCUGGCCAGCUCUUCCCAGGCGCGGGAUCCGGACCGGGAAUCAGCACUAGCACGAGCACUUCCACCUCUACGAGCUCUUCGACCUCUACGAGCACUUCUACAUCGACGAGCACGUCAACAUCGACGAGCACAGAGACUGGAACCGGCACUUCGACAUCGACGAGUACGUCAACUUCAACGAGCACUUCCACGUCGACAAGCACUGGAACUGGCACUGGAACUGGCACCGGAACUGGCACCGGAACUGGAACUGGCAGCGGCAAAGGCGAUGACUUUGUGCCAGCCACCUCAGAUGCUGCUUCCACCAUGGCCUCGUCCGCCCUCGUCAUUGCCGCUUUGAUGUGCAUGGUCACCGUGCGAUGGAUUGACUCCUAAUUUAUGCUGAAUGAACCAAAAACAAACAAAUAAACAAACCGAAAACACAGUACAAUGAAAGUGGCCGUGGAAGUCGAAAGCGUGAAUUUUCAAUAAAGACAAAAAAACGCAAGGAAA